ACCCGAGAACAAGAAUUCGAUCCCAUUCCAAUUCCACCCACUUGCGCGGCGAAUUACUACCGCCGAUUCGGCCGACAGCGAUGGCCUCUUCCGCCGACGAGGGCUUACCGCCGCUGACGCCGAUCAAGACGGCGCCUUUGGCGCCUCCUUCGACGUCCGCCGCUGACGCCGCCUCGGCCGCUCCGUCCCAGGCGACGUCGACGACGAAGAUGCAGGUGUCGGCAGAAUAUGAGGACGCGACGAAGGUGGCGGUGAAGGAGGAUCGGGAGGACCCGUCGACGCCCACGUCGGAGGAGAGCAGGCUCCGGGCGCCUGAGGUGUGCCCUCCGGCGCCGGUGCCUCGUCUGCCGUCCGUGAAACGGAAGUCGCGGCCUACUUUUACGACGACGACCACAGCCCGGGCGUACCUCGUCGUCCCGCGAGACCUCUCCGCCGUGUUCCGGACCAUGCCGCCAGAGAAGCGGAUCCGAGCGUCCUGA